GGCGCCGGUCGGGCUGCUGCCGGGGUCCUUCGGCUUGACACUACGCUUGGAAAAAUUACAGUCCGCCGGCGAGGAUGUGCAGAACAACACUUUGACCUAACCAGCGCGCAUUUACCGCCGUUUCUAUCGCCUCCAGCGGCUUAAAAAGCAUCGCAAAUCAUGGAAUACAUGCAAGCCCCAGCCACAAGCAGUCAAGGGAAUAUCCUUUGCUGCACAUGUGGCAUCCCCAUUCCUCCAAAUCCAGCCAACAUGUGUGUCUCCUGCCUGAGGAACCAAGUGGACAUCUCUGAGGGAAUCCCAAAGCAAGUUUCUGUGCAUUUCUGCAAGCAGUGUGAACGGUACCUGCAGCCCCCAGGAACUUGGGUUCAGUGUGCUCUAGAAUCCAGAGAGCUGCUCGCUCUGUGUCUGAAGAAAAUUAAGAAUUCAAUGACUAAGGUUCGACUCAUAGAUGCUGGGUUCUUAUGGACGGAACCUCAUUCGAAAAGAAUCAAGUUGAAGCUGACCAUACAGAAAGAGGUCAUGAAUGGGGCAAUCCUACAGCAGGUCUUUGUGGUGGAGUUUGUCAUACAGCCACAGAUGUGCGAUGACUGCCAUCGAGUUGAAGCCAAAGACUACUGGAAGGCAGUUGUGCAAGUCAGACAGAAAACUGUUCACAAGAAGACAUUUUAUUACUUGGAACAGCUGAUUCUGAAACACAAGGUGCACCAGAAUACUCUUCGCAUCAAGGAGAUCCAUGAUGGCAUUGAUUUUUACUAUGGCUCCAAGCAGCAUGCCCAGAAGAUGGUGGAUUUUCUACAGUGUACCGUCCCCUGCAGAUCAAAGGCUUCCCAGCGCCUCAUCUCUCAUGAUGUGCACUCAAACACCUACAACUACAAAAGCACCUUCUCGGUGGAGAUCGUACCCAUCUGUAAGGACAAUGUGGUAUGUCUCUCACCUCGUCUGGCUCAGAGUCUGGGGAACAUGGGCCAGGUGUGCGUGUGCAUCCACGUGACCAGCGGUGUCCACCUCAUCGACCCAAAUACCCUGCAGCUUGCAGAAGUAGAUGCCAACACUUACUGGCGCAACCCUUUCAGCAGCCUCUGCAGUCCACGGCAGCUGGAGGAGUUCAUUGUCAUGGAUAUCGACAUCAUCAGGGACCAAAAAUUAGGAGCAGGAGCUGGUCUGAGGUCCAAUCGGCACACCUUGGCUGAGGUGUGGGUUCAGAAAACCUCUGAGAUGGACACGAGUCAGCAGUAUCACUGCCGCACCUUUCUGGGCCACCUGCUUAACAUCGGAGACCUGGUGCUGGGCUACGACUUUGCCAAUGCUAACAUCAAUGACGAGUUCCUCAACAAGAUGAAUCCGCACCAUGUUCCUGAUGUGGUUCUGAUUAAGAAGAACUACGACAGAGCAAAGAGAAUAAAGCGCAGGAACUGGAAGUUGAAGGAAUUGGACAGAGACAGAGAGGGCAUGGGCUCAGAUGAUGAGAGGCAAUACCAAGACUUCUUGGAGGAUCUUGAAGAGGAUGAGGCUUUGAGAAAGAACAUCAACAUCUUCAGAGAUGCUGCAAAGAUUCCUGUGGAGAGUGACACGGAUGAAGAGGGUGCUCCACGGAUCUCUCUGGCGGAGAUGCUAGAGGAUCUGAGUCUCGGUGAUGCCACCGGAGGAGAGGGAGCAGACAUGAUGACAGAUUAGGCUACCGUAACCCAAACUGAGAUAAACAGUAACACUUCCUGUAGGGUGACAUUCUAAAGAUUACGACACCUGAUUAAGCUCGACAUGACAACUUAAACCAACAUAAACAUUUAUACAGGCUUAGUUCAGUGGGUAGCAGCAAGUGUUAACUGAUAUUAAGUUGACAUGACAGCUGUGUUGGAUGAUGGAUUUUUUUUUUUUUUUUUUUUUUUUUUUUAAAAUUUCUUGGGUGAAAUGACAGCAUGUUAUUACAGCUUACUUUGUUGCUUAUCACAGUGACAUAAUGCUGAUGUGACAGCUUAUAGAUCUUAUAAAUGGUCAUAUAAAACUCAUUAAGGGUUACAGAAAGUGUUACAGAGCUACAAAGUCUAAAUAGUGUCAUGACAAUGUCAGAAAAAAGCUGUCACUUGUCAAAUAUGUCAACCAAAAAAUUGGCAACUCCAACCUUUGACAAAUGACGCUGAAGCAACUUUCUUCUACAGAACCAUGUGUAGGAUUUAAUAUCUUUUGUAUCACUUUACAAAAAUCUUAAAUCAUGUAAUACUGUUAAAUAUUAACUGAAUGCCAGUUUAUUCUGGUGAAGGACUGAUUAUAGUGCUCAGAGUGGUGGGUGUGUGCUGCAAUGAUAUUAAGUACAAAAUAAAAUAAAAAAUAAAAUCCUAACGAAUUCA